AUGGCAUCAUCAACAAUAUCAUUCAAACUCUUAUGUGUUAUAUGUAAUAAGGGGAAAGGGAGUUUUAAAUGUGAAGGAUGUUCACAAAUGUUUUGUCCAAAACAUUCAAAUGAUCAUCGAAAUGAAUUGAGUAAACAAUUAGAAGAAAUUGUUAUAACACAUGAUCUUAUACAACAAACUCUUAUUCAACAAAUCGAAGAUCCUCAACAACAUCCUCUAUUAAAGAAAAUUAAUCAAUGGGAACAAGAAUCUAUCAUCAAAAUUCGUCAAGCAGCAGAAGAGGCUAGAAAUAAAUUACUCAAAACUACUAUUGAACGUACAACUAAUAUUAAACAAAAACUAAAAAAUUUAUCUAAUGAAUUACGACAAGGUCAAGAAGAUAAUGACUUUAUUGAGACUGAUCUACAACAAUGGACGCAAAAAUUAGAAGAACUAAAAAAAGAACUUCAUAAUCCAACAACUGUUGCUAUUCUAGAAGAUUCUACACCACUUAUUACCAAGAUUCUUAUUGCCUAUCACGAUACAUAUGAUGUGUUCGAACGUGUUUGUGGUAAUGCUCAAAUAAAAGAGAAUGGCUGUCUUAUUGUCAAAGAUGGUUCAACUGAUCAGGCAGAAAUAUGCGGAAAAAAUGAAUAUAAUAUUGGAAGACAUAAAUUUUCUUUUCAAAUCGAACAAUUAAUUUCAAAUGGAUGGAUCUUUUUUGGAAUCAUCUCAAAAUCAGAACCUAUGCGGGCAUAUUCAUUUUGUUCAGGAUCGAGUUAUGGCUGGUCAAACCAAGGUGAAAUCUAUAUCGGCGUUACUAAUCAGAAAGAUUCAAUUAAAUAUCGAUAUGAAUUUAAUGAAGAAAAACAAGAUAUUGAACUAAUGUGUGAUUUUAUUUAUUAA